CUUCCACCAUCACCUCUUUCCCGUCUGCGUUGUGGUGAUUCCCGGCCCUGUCUGUUUUCCAAAGGGGUUAUUUUUGUUUUUAAUUUAGAGUCACAAACACACACAAGAUGAUGUCCACAAGGCUUACCAGGGCUCUGCCCAAGGCCUCCAUUGCUACCCGCGCCGCGGGUAUGCUCAGGAAGCCCAUGACCCCCGCCUUCGCGCGCUUCGAGUCAACGGAGACGAACGGAAAGGUCACUGGUUCCGUCAUCGGUAUCGAUCUUGGUACCACCAACUCCGCCGUUGCCAUCAUGGAGGGCAAGGUCCCCCGCAUCAUUGAGAACGCCGAGGGUGCCCGUACCACCCCCUCCGUCGUCGCCUUCACUGAGGACGGUGAGCGCCUUGUUGGUGUUGCCGCUAAGCGUCAGGCUGUCGUCAACCCCGAGAACACCCUCUUUGCCACCAAGCGUCUCAUCGGCCGCAAGUUCACCGACCCCGAGGUCCAGCGCGACAUCAAGGAGGUUCCCUACAAGAUCGUCCAGCACACCAACGGUGAUGCCUGGGUUGAGGCCCGUGGCCAGAGGUACUCUCCUUCCCAGAUUGGUGGUUUCAUCCUCCAGAAGAUGAAGGAGACUGCCGAGUCUUUCCUCAGCAAGCCCGUCAAGAACGCUGUCGUUACCGUCCCUGCCUACUUCAACGACUCUCAGCGUCAGGCCACCAAGGAUGCCGGUCAGAUUGCCGGCCUUAACGUCCUCCGUGUCGUCAACGAGCCUACUGCUGCCGCUCUUGCCUACGGUCUUGAGAAGGAGCAGGACCGCAUUGUCGCCGUCUACGAUCUUGGUGGUGGUACCUUCGAUAUCUCCGUCCUUGAGAUCCAGAACGGUGUCUUCGAGGUCAAGUCCACCAACGGUGACACCCAUCUCGGUGGUGAGGAUUUCGAUAUCCACCUCGUCCGCCACCUCGUCCAGCAGUUCAAGAAGGAGACCGGUAUCGAUCUCUCUGGCGACCGCAUGGCCAUCCAGCGUAUCCGUGAGGCCGCCGAGAAGGCCAAGAUCGAGCUUUCUUCUUCCCUCCAGACCGACAUCAACCUUCCCUUCAUCACUGCCGACUCUUCUGGCCCCAAGCACAUCAACCAGAAGCUCACCCGUGCUCAGCUCGAGGCCAUGGUUGACCCCCUCAUCCAGCGCACCAUUGAGCCCGUCCGUAAGGCCCUGAAGGAUGCCAACCUCCAGGCUAAGGAGAUCCAGGAGGUCAUCCUCGUUGGUGGUAUGACCCGUAUGCCCAAGGUUGCCGAGUCCGUCAAGAGCAUCUUCGGCCGUGACCCCGCCAAGUCCGUCAACCCUGAUGAGGCUGUCGCCAUCGGUGCUGCCAUCCAGGGUGCCGUCCUCUCCGGUGAGGUCAAGGACCUUCUCCUCCUCGAUGUCACUCCCCUCUCCCUCGGUAUCGAGACCCUCGGCGGCGUCUUCACUCGUCUGAUCAACCGUAACACCACCAUCCCCACCAAGAAGUCCCAGGUCUUCUCCACCGCUGCCGACUUCCAGACCGCCGUCGAGAUUAAGGUCUUCCAAGGUGAGCGUGAGCUCGUUAAGGACAACAAGAUGCUCGGCAACUUCCAGCUUGUCGGUAUCCCCCCUGCCCACCGUGGUGUUCCCCAGAUCGAGGUCACCUUCGACAUUGACGCCGAUUCCAUCGUCCACGUCCACGCCAAGGACAAGUCCACCAACAAGGACCAGUCCAUCACCAUCGCCUCCGGCUCCGGUCUUUCUGAGGCCGAGAUUGAGAAGAUGGUUGAGGACUCCGAGAAGUAUGCCGAGCAGGACAAGGAGCGCAAGGCUGCCAUUGAGGCCGCCAACAAGGCUGAUGGCGUUCUCAACGAUACCGAGAAGGCCCUCAACGAGUACGCUGACCGUCUCGACAAGACCGAGGCUGAUGCCAUCCGUGAGAAGAUCGCCAGCCUCCGCGAGUUCAUCGCCAAGAGCCAGUCUGGCGAGCAGGCCAUCUCUGCCGAUGCCCUCAAGGAGAAGAUUGACGACCUCCAGGUUGCCAGCUUGAACCUCUUCGACAAGAUGCACAAGGCCCGUGCUGAGGCUGGCGAGCAGCAGCAGCAGAGCACUGAGGGCGAGAAGAAGGAGUAAAUCUGAAGCCCAACAGCUUUUAGGUUUUCCUUUUCACGUUUUCUCACUAUACCCACAUACUUCUUUCUCCCCGGUGUCUAAGUAGCUUGGUUGGAGCGGAAUGAUCUCCACUGUGUAUUUCUCCCUUGUACUCAUAUGUCAUGUUUCUCUUUG